AUGUCCGACUGUUCGCGAAUCCAACAAUACGCCGAAGCCCUCAGACCAUUUAUCGAGAGUGACGAAGACUUCCAAAGAGCCCACCAAGAGCCAACCAUGAUCCCGCAAGAGGUCUAUGAGCGGCUCAGCAGAUGGAUAUCUGAUUCUGCCUCCAAGAUAAUGUGGGUAGACGGCCCGGCGUUUUCCCCUGGCAGCACCGCGCUUUCCAAGGCGGCCUUGGAAGCCACCGACAAAGUCUUGAACGCUGGCAUUCCUUGCAUUUCAUACUUUUGCAAGUCCCGCUCCAGCUUCGCCAGGAGUAACGCUGGCGGCAGUGGCGGCGGAAGUGGCAGCACACCAAGAUUACGCCACAGAGAUGCCGCAGUUAUAUCUCUCUGUUACUCCAUCAUCCGCCAACUCGCCUAUGUUCUUCCCCUGGAAGGGCUCAAAGCAGGCAAAGCCCUCGACGCUAACCAAUUCGAAAAGCUAAAUGGAACUCUCCACAGCCUUCCCACCGCGUUGAACAUCAUCAAGGCGCUGUUCGAAUACGCACCGCCCGUGAUCUGUUUUGUCAUCGACGGGCUUCAGGAUGCAGGAGACAGGGACAGCAUCAAGUACCUCUGGAAUUUCAUAAUCCUAUCGCGUGAGCAAAGGAAGGAUUCCAGUCGGGUAUGCAAGAUCUUGUUCACGAUUGAUGGGCGGAGUGAAGUGCUGGAUCGUGGCACAGAGGUGCGGGAGAGGGUGGAUGCAUCUAGGCUGGUGCAAGCCAGGGGAGGAAGAUCAUUCCCGGGUGGAGUUUACAUCUAG